AUGGGUAAGACUGGUAGAGGGCAAACGCCACCAUAUGAAGUUAAAACAAAGGAAUUCAACGAAGCCGCGGCCGGCGCCUUGCAGGAUGAGAAAAUCCAGGCGAAUCUGCUCGGCCUGUACGGCGGCUUCCAUCAGGCGCGCUUAGACGCGAUCCGCCGCCACAGAAAACUGGGAAGAGCUCCGGGACCGUGGUCGCGCAAUCAAGCACACACGCUGGAAAACCUCGACAUCUACCUCCGCAUGGCGAAGAGAAACGUCCGCAAGGCAGGGGGCACUGUCUUCUUCGCCAAAGACUCCGAAGAAGCGACUCGCUAUGUAACAGAACUCGCCACCUCCAGAGGUGUAAAGACUGUCGUCAAGAGCAAAUCCAUGGUCUCCGAAGAAAUGGGUUUGAAUGAGCGCCUUGAAGAGGCAGGCAUCGAAUCCGUCGAAACAGACCUCGGCGAAUACAUCAUACAGCUCGCCGGCGAAGCGCCCUUCCACAUAAUCGCCCCGGCCAUCCACAAGUCCCGCGAGGACGUCGCCGAUCUCUUUGAAGAGAAGCUCAACUCGCCACGCUACUCAAGCAUUGACGACCUCGCGCAAGAAGCGCGCCGGCAGCUCCGCCAGAAGUUCAUCACUGCCGAUAUGGGCAUCACCGGCGCCAACUUCAUCGUCGCCGAGACUGGCACACUUGUCCUCGUUACCAACGAAGGCAAUGGCCGCAUGUGUACUUCCAUGCCGCGCAUCCAUGUAGCCAUCACCGGUAUGGAGAAGGUCGUCCCCUCGCUCGAAGACAUGGGCAUUAUGCUUCGUAUUGCUCAUUCUGCUCCGCUACCGGUCAGCGCAUCUCCAGCUAUGUAA